AUGGAGGAACUUACUAAAGAAGGAUCCAAAUAUGUCGAUAGCGCAAUUACCAGGAUUGUUACUCGUAUUCUGAAGGAAAAUCAUCAAGUGCCUGGAAUAUCUAUUCCUCCUCAAACCAUAAUGGCUGAUCCCCUCAAUAACACCAAUAAGGCUGAGGUUGUUCACACCGUUGAUAGUGACCUAGAAAUCAACAAGGAUGAACAAGGGUUUGCUAAGAAUACCAAUGUUACCGAGGAUGUCAAUGACAUCGACAAUAAUGAGCACCCUAAGGCCAAUACAGAAACUGAUACUAAGGUGGUAGACUUAGAUGAGUACUCUGACGACGAAUUACUUACCUCCUUGAAUCUUAGUGUAGCCAACAGGCUAAUGACAAGAAGAAAAGGCAAAGCUGUUGUCCAAGGAUCUCCUAAAAGGAGCACUCAAGUGAACAACCCUGCCAAAGACACUGUCAGGAAGAAGAGUACUUCUGUAGGUCCUGUCAAGAGCAAAGCUGUAACCAAGAGUAAAGGGGUUGGUCCAUCAAAAUCUUGGAGCAAGGUCAUUCCAAAGAAAAGAAAGGAGCGGGAAAUUGUUGAACCUGAAUCUGAUGUUGAAGUGAAUGUCCCUGACAUUCCAUCGAGGAAGAAGCCUAUAACCAGUAAGCUUACUGCUAGUAUUCUUGAAAUUCCCAUUGAUAAUGUGUCUUUCCACUAUGCCUCUAGUGCCAACAGAUGGAAGUAUGUUCUCCAAAAGAGAUUGGCUGUUGAAAGGGAAUUGGCUCCAAAUGCUCGUGAAAACAAGGAGGUCUUAGAGCUGAAUCAAGAAGCUGGACUGCUAAAAAUUGUGUGCAAUCUUCCCAAAUGUUAUGAGAAGCUGGUCAAAGAAUUCUUGGUAAACCUAUCUGAAGAUUGUGGCAACAGCAGGAGUGCAGACUACAAAAAGGUGUUUGUAAGAGAUGAAGCUCAAACUGAGCUGAAAGUAACAGACAACCAAGUCUGUCAAGUGAUCACAACCAAGCAAGUAAAAAGCUGGACCAUGAAAGAAAAGCUAACUGCAAGAACAAAGGCAAAGUUUGAUUAUGGAGCAUAUACUUUUGACCAAACCAUGAAGCAAGCUGGAAGCUUCAGUAUUAAGGGUCCAAUUUCCUUUCCAUCCCUCUUGUGUGGUAUAAUUCUGGAUCAGUAUUCAAACAUUCUCAAUGAACAUGAUGUAGUCUGCAAAAGAGAGUGUCCCUUGGCCUUCCAUUACAAACUGUUUCAGGGCAAGCAUGUUCCAGAUAUUGUCAUGACAUCAGCUGAAACUUCCAAAUCUAGAGCAUCAGUCAGCAAAGCAGAAGUCAUAGCAAUGCUAAAAGUGACUUGCAAAGAACUAGAAUCAAGAAAAAUAUCUCUUGACAAAAUGAUACGUACUCUGGAAAUGGACGAGAAUGAGGAGUUUGCAGAUACUGAAGAGAUGGAGUACAAAGAUGAAUAA